UAGUAGGUUGUCCACUGCUCCUCCACCCCAAAUAUCAGGCCUUCUUUCGCUUCUCUUAUAACCAUUACCAAAAUCCCACGGUUCUUCUUUUACUCUCCGAUCUUUUCUCCCAACGAUCGGUGAAAAACAAACCCCACAAUCCCAUUCCUGCUUCCUUUAACUUUCCAAGCCCAUCCCACCAAUGUUUACUCUUCCGUCCUCCUCCGCGAUGCCUCUCCUCCAAUUCCCCGUCAAUCGAGGAUCAUCGUAUCUCACUACUCAGUCGGUCAAAUUCUUUGUUCCCCUCCGCCGGGGACAGUAUGUUCAAGCCUAUGUCGCCGUCUUCCCCAAGACAAUUCCUGCAUACUCCAACACCUCUAACCACGCGAUGCAGAGCCUGUACGAGAUUUUGAAGGUCGAGCUAAUGGCGUCAUUUGGAGAGAUUAAGGCCGCGUACAGGACCCUCGCCAAGAUUCAUCAUCUAGAUCGGGAAUGCUUCAACGAUGGCGAUUGCAACUACAUGCAGAUUCGGAUGCUUAUGAGACACUCUCUGAUCUAGUUGCGACUUGCGAGGUCGCUUUAUGAUGUGUCUUUGUGCAGGAGGAACCCCGUUGGUUCUUUCGCCCGGUAUUAUCCGACCUGGAGAUGGGAGUAGGAAUGUCACACAUCCUAGUUUAUGAGAUUUUUUUCCUACAUGUAAAUUUCUGUAUUUAUAAAUUAUAAUGAACUGGGGUAGAAGCAAAAACAUUUUCGUGCUAUUUUGUUAGUUCUUUGCUUGAAGUUAACAUGCAUGCAUGCCCUUUUUAUGAGAAAUUAAAACAAUUCUCAUUAAGCAUCGACAAAUAUCAGAAAAACACCUGAUAUGCUUAUCAAAGUCUCAAACAACCCCCUGUACAUUAUGUAUCUAUAGAACUAAGCAUUUGUAGAGUUGGAUUUGUCAUUACUCGAAAUUGUACUGCAUCAUUGAUUGUCACACUCAAACCCUCCGGAUCAUGAAUUUUCUUAGUUCCAUACAUCUGAGAGCAACGUUCCCUCCACACAUGGCUGAGGCAUGUACUCCAGAUAAGUAGAUAAAACCUCCUUUCUGGCUUUUUUUUUUGCUCUAGUGCUGCACACACCAUAGACUAUUACAUCCUCUCAACUCCCCUGGUUCGGGGAAAACUGAUAUAGAAGAAAUUUUUCCAGGACAAAUAUAGUGUUCGCUCACCAGCAGAUGAUCUAUGUAACAUUCUGAACCUUUUCCUGACGAAGAUAUUGUCCGCUUUGGGCCCAGAACCUGACGGUUUUUUACUUGAGGUGCAAUUUAAGGUGACUUCCCAUAAGGUCAACCAUCUUUGAUGUACUCUAUAUUGAGCACGUUUAACUUUGGAGUUCUCACAUAACUCUUCCAUUUCACCUCAAAACGCAUUUCGUCAGUUAAGGUCGGUUUCUUACUUAUGAACCAUUGAUCUCUCCCGUGCUUUGUAGAUGUGGAUUUGCCUAAGGUGUUACAUACUCCCCCCCCCCCCCCCUUGAGACUCAACGUCCUCGUUAAGGUUUGCCCCACCAUCGUUCAAAAGGGAUAAUACCACUUGUAACAUCCUAAAAAUUUCCCGAGCAAAAUAUUGUCCGCUUUUAGCCUCGAACCUCACGUUUUUUGACUUGGGGUGCAAUUCAAGGUGACUUCGCAUAAGGUCACUCAUCCUUGUUAUAAUCCACACUAAGCAUGUUUAACUUCGGAGUUCUCACAAUAUGUCUUCCAUUUCACCCAAAGAAGCCACUGAGGUCACAACAUGAUCGUGAGGCCUUCUCCACUGCUUUUUGCCAAGGCAAGGGGUUUUCCUUCUGAUUUGCGCCUAGACGUGCUAUUUAGAACCAUGGAUGCGGUAUAGUGAAAAAAAUGUGUAAUCUCAUACUCCCAACCACCUAAAAAACAAAAAGGUUCCUUUCCUCGAGUAUUCUUUGCCAAUACCAUUGUAACGAACCGAAAAAAUUAGACUAGUAGAACCACUAAACCAGUUACAAUAGCAGUUAAGUUUAUUUAAUUGGGCGCUUAUGACAGACCCAACGUUUUUUAACGAUUUGACAUGAAAUCAGAUGAACCAUCCCGGUUUGACUUGUCCACCGAUUCACAAUUUUAUCCACAAAAACUUAAGAAACGAAUACUUUAAUU